AUGGGGAGAGAGGAAGAAGAAGUGCAGGCUACUGCCAAAAAUGUUUGCCCCACCUCAUCAAAUCAAUCAAGUCUAAUUGGUGGUGUUGUUGCUGCUUGUGCCAUUAUAGUUUCAAUACUAGUAAUAAUAGUAAUUGUCUACAAAAAAAGAGAAAGAGAUUUGUUAAGACAACUUAGUGCAGCUAACCAAGCAAACAUUGAUCAGCAUCAAAAGUUUCAAGAAUAUGAAUCUAAAAAAGCAACACGCAACACAACAAUUGAAAUAGCCGAAGAGGAUGAGAGUACUUCUGGUUCAAAGGCAAUUAGACCUAUGAGCUCAUAUAAAGAGUCUACAAUAUCUGAAACUGAUUGCCGAACAGGCCUACUCCCACGUCAAUCUGGGAAACCUUACCCUGGAACAACAUCCACAAACGAUGAUCAAGACAUAUAGUUUUAUGUGUGAUUUUUGGACCUUUUAAACUAGCACUAUGCAUGCAAAUUAAAGAUGCACCAUCUAGCUAUAUUGUAUAAUUGUAUAUGUGCAGGCUGCAUUCUAGUAGAAGAUAAAGUGGGAUGUUUAAAUGUAGACACACUGAAAAAUGGAUGGUAAUAUCUCAUAUAGGGAGUAUAGGGUGAAGGGUUGUAAUUGUGGGAAAAAAAAUACUUUACACCUACAUGAUUUGGAAAAACCCAGUUUUGCAAUCUUGGUGGCGGAUGUGAACAUGACAACUUGAGUAUCAUUUCAGUAAGAUAGACAAAAUUUCAUAUAGAAGUGUUGCAUCUUAUGCGUAAGUUUCUUUCGGGAUUCGAUAAAUUUCUAGUAUACAGAAGUUGUACAUUAUUUCUGGUUUCAAACCAGAUGCAAAAUUGAACAACUCUAUAUCAUAUUUUAAUAAAUCGUAUUCAAAGAACUUUGUGCCUCUAAAAAAAGCAAUUUUGUCACAAACUUAUCUACCAUCUGUAUUACCCUGGUUCCACCAGAUGUGCUGCCCCAACCCCUAAAGUUGUAGGCCUAUAUCAAGGUUUAGGGGAGAGAUGUGCAAUGAAAUUAUCUAGUAAUUUAGAUAUUGCUUAAAUAUUAAUGAAUAAUAAGGCUCCUUUCAAUGUUUAGAAAGCUAGUUAUCAUUGUCAAUGUUGUCAUCAUAAAUAUUUCCAUGCAAGAAAUGGAUUACUCUUUGUCAAUACAGUAUAUUAUUUUCAGUGAUAUGUUACAAAUUUAAAGGAUAUAGGCCUCUAUUGUAAUAACUUUUAUUACAAGCUUUUAUUUAACUUGCUUCCUCUAUCUGUAUUCAUGGAUCAAAAUUGCCAAGAAAAAUGUCAACUUCCAACCAAUUUCUCUUAAACAUCGCAUGUUGGUUAAAAGCUUAAAACAAUGCAAGUAGUCAUCAAAUUUAACUUAAUUGGAUGCUUAAUUAAUUUUUAAAGAUUUAAUUAAAAUUUCCUAUAUUCUUAAGUACUAUUUACUAUGCUAUAAUAUGUACAUUAUUUUUAUUCAUUCAAUCACAUUAUAUUAAAAUUUUUAAAG